AUGAGCGCACAAAUAAAUAUGAAAGACAGCUAAGUUAGCACUUCUUCUAUAAAUACAUAAAAUACAAGUAUAAUAUAAAGCGAAUAAGAUAUUAGAAUUAGAUGGAUUUGUUCUUUCUGGGAUGGAAGAACUCAUGCUUAAUUUAAUGAUAAGUCUGGCCUAAUUUUACAUAGAGAACAUGAAUGCUUUACUUAUUUUUCAAAAAUGGGAAAUAAACUGAGAUUUAUGUCUAAGAAUAUUCCAUGUACCGAAUCUAUAGAGUUUAAAGUUAAUCUUGUAUUUAAGAAUCUGAACUAAUAUAAUGAUGUUCCAACAAUUAAAUCUGAAAAAUUAUAUAGCGACUAAGAGGAAAUAUUAAAUAGUUAAAAAAUCAGCUCUUGUAUCUGGAGUUUAAAUGGGGAAGAUACUGAUUUUGAAAUAGAUGAUCAAGGAAAUAUAAUAGAAUAUCUAUAAUUGAUCCCUAAAAAGAAAGCUACUUGGGAAAAUAAGUUAAAUAAUUAUGAUGAAGAUGAUAAUGAAGAUUAAAUUGAAGGAUUAAAUGGUGAAAGAAAUGCUAAAAAUUAAUUAAAUUCAGGGAAUUUUGAUUUUCACAAAGAUUUUCUUUAGAAAUACAAUCUAAAAAAAUAGAGUGAUAGCUAGAAAGCAAACAAAGGAAAAGUAAAAUUAGCUUUUCCUUAUAUAAAGAUGAAGAAAAUAUACACGAUAUUUAGCUUUCCAGAAAGAUGGACCCUUCCAUUAUAUUUAUUGUGGUCUAAAUUAGAGAGAUAAGAAUUUUCUUCUUAAAUUGGUAAAGAUGUUUAGCUAGUGCAUCAACCUCAUUUCUAAUAAGAUUUUAUUGAUUAUUUACAUAUCGAUAUUUCAUCUGAAUCAUACGAAGAUGUUUCAUUUAAAAAUUAUAUUAGAGAAAAAUACGGCUUAAAUAAAAUUAACCAAACUGAAGCUAUAACUGAAUUACCAAAUAUUGGUAUGCUGAAUCAAAUUUAAUUUAAGAAUAUAAACUCAGAAAAUCUUUGGAGUAACGAUGAGGCAUUCCCUUUAUUUGACUAACCUAGAUAUUCUGAAAGAAUUCAAUACACAUGGAAAGAUGGAUACACUUCUUGGAUUAGCAGAGAAAAAGAAAUCUAUUUAUUUAAUGAUAAAGAAAAUCUCUUUUUAUUCUCUACUUAAAGUGGUAAAUACUUUCAUGAGGUAGAAGAAAAUGAUGUUAGAUCAUUAGAAAAUGAAAAAGUAAUCAAUGUUUUGUAAAUAUGGAGAGAUGAUGAAAAAUCUAUCUUAUUGAACUCUUUUUCUAAGUUAAGAGAGCAUGAUUCUAUAAUUUCUAAUAAAGUAGAAGUAAUUAGCGAAUAUAAGUAAGGAAAUAAACUGAAUAAAUAACUUUUAAGUAAUAAUGAGGAGAAAGAAGAAAGCAUAGCUUCACUAUACAGUGAUAACUAUGAAGUACUUCAUAAAAGUGAAAAUGAUCUAGGAAAAUUUGAAGCAUUUAAAAACGGAUGCAUAAAGAUACUUUUUAGAGAUAGAACAAUUCUAAGAUGGAUGAAAGGCUCUGAUUAAGUACAUAUUAUUUCUCGAUAUGGAGAUUAAGUUAAUAUCCUUGUUCAAUCCCCUUAAGAAUUUUAAGAAUACGUUGAUAGAGCAAUUGAGUUCAGAGAAUAUUGUUUUACUGAUCCUAAAGAGAAACUUGAAAAAGAAAGAAAACAGCAAGAACUUAAGGAGUUAAUUAAUUUUGAAAUGAAUAAAAAUGAAAGAUUUCUUACAAUCCUAAAAGGGAAGGUACCUGAAGAAAUAAGUCGUACCUUGAAAAUAAAUGAAUAACCUAGCUAACUUUACAAUCCUUGUAACUCCAUCAAUUCUUAAAGUUCUUAACAAGAGUUAUACUACUCAACACCAUUAAAGCAAUCUAAUUAUUAAAAUGGAAAUUUACUUGGAAAUUCUUAGUAAUAGCAGUAAUAUAUUUAAUACAAUUUUCAAGAUUAGCAAAAUUAAGAUAUGAACGAAAUGAUACAAAACAUGUUAAGAUAAAACGAAUAAAUGCUGUAUAAACUUAAGCAAGUCUUAUGA